AUGUCGGGCACCAUCCCCUCCAUGGAGACAGCCCACGAUGAGCUCAAGGAUAACACAAUCAUCAUCGUACUCGGCGCGUCAGGGGAUCUCGCGAAAAAGAAGACAUAUCCUGCUCUCUUUGGGCUCUAUCGCAUGGGUUUCCUUCCGAAAGGGGUUCACAUCGUGGGGUAUGCGCGGACAAAAAUGGACGAUGCGGAAUACCACAAGCGAAUCACCGCGUAUAUUAAGAACCCUAACAACGAUCCGGAAGUGUCUGCAAAGCUUGAGGAGUUUAAGAAGCUUUCCACGUACAUUUCUGGCGGGUACGAAGAUUCACCGUCCUUCGCGAACCUGAACAAGCACCUCGAAAAGAUCGAAUCUAGCUACGGGGUGAAGGAACGCAACCGUGUAUUCUACCUCGCGCUUCCGCCCAGUGUCUUCAUCCCUGUCGGACAACAUCUCAAGGAGCAAUGUUACGUUACCCCUGAUGUUGGCAAGUGCCGUAUCAUUGUGGAGAAGCCGUUCGGAAAAGACCUCGACUCAUCCCGCGAGCUCUUGGGUGCGCUCAAGCAGCACUGGACCGAGGACGAGACGUUCCGGAUCGACCACUAUCUCGGGAAAGAAAUGACCAAGAACCUCCUGGUAUUGCGUUUCGCCAACGUCGCGUUCAAUGCCUUCUGGGAUAAGAACUCGAUCAGUAACGUCCAGAUCACUUUCAAGGAGCCAUUCGGUACUGAGGGUCGUGGUGGCUAUUUUGAUGAGUUUGGUAUCAUUCGUGACAUCCUCCAGAACCAUCUAUUGCAAGUACUGAGUAUUCUUACCAUGGAGCGCCCUGUUUCGUUCGCUGCCGAGGACAUCCGUGACGAGAAGGUCAAAGUCUUGCGUGCAAUUCCUCCUAUCGAACGAAGUGACACACUGUUGGGACAGUAUGUGGCUGCGAAUGGCAAGCCAGGGUAUCUCGAUGAUGAUACCGUUCCCCAUAAUUCGGUCUGUCCCACGUUCGCUGCAACAACGCUGUGGAUCCACAACCCAAGGUGGGAGGGUGUUCCCUUCAUUUUGAAGGCAGGAAAAGCUUUGAAUGAGGCGAAAGUAGAAGUCCGGAUACAGUUCAAGGACGUAACAAAAGGUAUCUUUAAGGAUAUUUCGCGCAAUGAGCUCGUUAUUCGGAUUCAGCCAUCUGAGGCCGUGUACCUCAAGCUCAACACGAAAACCCCUGGUCUACACACUCGUGCAAUCCCAACGGAGAUGGACCUUACGUAUAAGCGGCGAUUCGCGGAGGCGGCGAUUCCAGAGGCUUAUGAGUCUCUUAUUCUCGAUGCGCUCAAGGGUGACCAUUCCAACUUCGUGCGUGAUGACGAGCUGGAUGUUGCUUGGAAGAUCUUCACUCCUAUCUUGCACUGGAUUGACGGCAAGAACGGCCCGGCUCCCCACCCAGUAUCGUAUCCGUAUGGUUCGCGUGGUCCGAAAGAGCUGGAGGCAUUCAUUGGCAAGUACGGCUUCAAACGGACCGUGGCUGAAUAUGAAUGGCCGAUCACGAAUCUCGCGUCAUUGUAG